CUGGCCAGUGCAGGCAGACAGCCAGCAUCGGUUUCCUCUCUUCACUGCAGCCGGCUCACCCACUCCGGACCGACAUGGCCCAGGAACGCCCCUCCUGUGCCGUGGAGCCCGAGCACGUCCAGCGACUGGUGCUGUCCUCUCAUGAGGCCAAGAAGUCAGCCUAUUGCCCUUACAGCCGCUUCCCUGUUGGGGCUGCCCUGCUCACCGGGGACGGGAGGAUCUUCUCCGGCUGCAACAUUGAAAAUGCCUGCUACCCACUGGGUGUGUGUGCGGAGCGGACUGCCAUUCAGAAGGCCAUCUCAGAAGGGUACAAGGAUUUCAGGGCUAUUGCUAUCGCCAGCGACUUGCAGGAAGAGUUCAUCUCUCCGUGAGGAGCCUGCCGACAAGUUAUGAGAGAGUUUGGCACUGACUGGGCCGUGUACAUGACCAAGCCAGAUGGCACAUACGUAGUCAGGACAGUCCGAGAGCUGCUGCCGGCCUCGUUUGGGCCUGAAGACCUGCAGAAGAUUCACUGAAGGCAAGAGCGUGCCUGCCUAUGUGAGCCUGGGUUCCCUACCUAAAGGACAGGCCCUGGAAGAUUUCAUAAUGAUGCUGUUCCUGGCUGGACCUGGAGACACCUGCCACAUGGGUCCCAAAUGGCCAGGCAAGGGAGACCUUGAUUCCCACACCACAGUCUUCCCUAGAGUGAUGGAAGUUGUCCCUCUGCCUCGGCCCAAAGCCAGCGUCCUUCUGGGGACUCUGAGCACUGUGCUCCUUCCUCUUCCUCCUGCAGGCAGGCCCUGGCAUUCCAGGCCUGGUCUGCCUUCCUGCCAGCCUUUCAAGGCUCUGUCCUGUUCCCUGUGACUCUUCUGAUUAUAAACACCACAGAACAUUCUGGCUGAGAAAAAUGA